UGUUCUGCGCAGAGACAAAGGCCUGGGAAACAGCUGGGAAAUCUCAGUCCCCUCUUUCCUGGGGCCUGUAAGGUGAGACCCUCGGGAGCCGCGGGAGCCACGGGAGCAAGGAUGGCCGGAGCCGGGUCCUCCCGAGUGGAGCGGGAGAAAUGUGUCAGACGCUUGAGGGAGAAGUUUCAUGGCCACGUGUCAGUGAAGAAGGCUAAUGUCUUAAUGCAGAGAUACAACGACAACCAUAACCUUGUUGCUUCCUGGCUGGUUAAGCAAAUGAAUGAGAUCAGACCGGAAGAAGGAGAUGGGCACCAAGCAGACCCAAUUGUCCAGGAUCGGCAAAAUGUCUUGAAGGACAGAGACAUUGAGGAGGUAGCAGCCACCAUGAGUUUACCCCUGACGGAGAAAAAUCUUCGUAUGUUGGAUGAUGCCCAGAAGGGCCAUAUCGCCAAGGAAGACUGCCAGUUUGCCUGUCAGCCCUGUGAUUUCAUGUGGUGGCGCCGGGUGCCUGAACGCAAAAAGGUGUCCCGGUGCCGGAAAUGCAAGGUGAAGUAUGAUCCAGUGCCCAAAGACAAGAUGUGGGGUAUAGCUGAGUUCCAGUGUUUACAGUGUGGCCAUACCUUCAAGGGUUUUGCCCAGAUGGGGAACGCAUCUCCAUGCUACAGCUGUGGCAACCCUGUUCUGCCAAACCGAAUCCUCCCCCCACGCCGACCUCAGAAUGAGAGAAGCAGAAAACACGAACAUUCCUGCUUUGCUGAGACCUGCUACAAUCGACAAGGAUCCUACGAACCAGGGACUUCCUGUGUGCAUCCCAAGAGCCGGAAACAGAAACACAUGCCUGUUGUCUUGUUCCCAAGUGCUGUUCAUGACAGUAGUGGCUCCACUGUGGCCACCUGCCUUAGCCAAGGCAGCCUCAUUGAAGAUCUAGACAGCAUCAUCCUGGAGGACAUCAAAGAGGAAGCAGAAGAAGAGGAAGGCAACUAGGCAUCUUAGACCACCCCACCUUCCCACCCAGAUAUCCCCUACCUACUUGGAGGACCAGUGUCGACCUAUGGGACCAGCAGAAGUUGGGGGUGGCUCCUAGGCUGUGGUCUAGGAGAAGGCUGUCAAGUCACCAGGAGGAAGUCUCAGGUUAUUCAGGCCUUUCCCCGUGAUGUAGGAACUUCUACGUGUGUGUACUCUUGCAUUGUGGAAGGGGGUAAGGACCUCCUGACCACUUCCACAAGGGAGACAGCAUAGCCCCCACCCACCUGACAUAUUCACAGACAUAUAUUAUGUUGCUGAUGUUUUAUAUACCAUGUUCAAAAUAACAAAGGGACAUUUCCUGUUUCUGAA